CGGAGACCCGGGGGGCGCGUGCCGCGGCGUGAGGAGAGGCGCGGGGCGGUGCGACGGGGCCCCUCCCACUUGCAGCCUGGCGCGCGCCGGCCGGGCCGCACCGCUGCGGGCUCCGCGCGCGCGGGCCAUGUCCGCCUUCUACCUGGGCUUGGCUGGCCGCGCUUCAGCACCCGCCGAGCCGGACAGCGCCUGCUGCAUGGAGCUGCCCGCCGCGGCCCCGGACGCAGUCGGGAAUCCAGCCGCAGCUGCCGCCGCCGCCCUUGUCUCUUUCCCCGGGGGCCCCGGGGAGCUGGAACUGGCGUUAGAGGAGGAGCUGGCGCUGCUGGCGGCCGGGGAACGGCCGUCCGACCCCGGAGAGCAUCCUCAGGCAGAGCCCGGGCCUCCAGCCGAGGGGCCCGAAGUGCAGCCGCCGCCCGCCCAGGAUCCCGAGCUGCUGUCGGUGAUCCGGCAGAAGGAGAAGGAUCUGGUCUUGGCGGCCCGACUGGGCAAGGCACUGCUCGAGAGGAACCAGGACAUGAGCCGGCAGUACGAGCAGAUGCACAAGGAGCUGACAGAUAAGCUGGAGCACUUAGAGCAAGAGAAACACGAACUAAGAAGACGAUUUGAGAACCGAGAAGGGGAGUGGGAAGGGCGUGUGUCCGAGCUGGAGAGUGAUGUGAAACAGCUUCAGGAUGAGUUGGAGAGGCAGCAGGUUCAUCUACGGGAAGCAGAUCGAGAAAAAACACGGGCUGUCCAGGAAUUAUCAGAACAGAACCAAAGGUUAUUGGAUCAACUCAGCAGGGCAUCAGAAGUUGAGAGACAGCUAUCCAUGCAAGUCCAUGCCCUCAGAGAAGACUUUCGGGAGAAAAACUCAUCAACCAACCAGCACAUCAUCCGACUUGAAAGCCUUCAGGCCGAGGUGAGCCUUCCUAUCAAGAUGCUGUCGGAUCGGAAACGGGAGCUGGAGCACCGUCUCAGUGCCACCUUAGAGGAGAAUGACCUGCUCCAUGGGGCUGUGGAGGAGCUACAGGACCGGGUGCUGAUUCUGGAGCGGCAGGGCCAUGACAAAGACCUCCAGCUGCAUCAGAGCCAGCUGGAGCUCCAGGAGGUACGGCUCUCCUACCGACAGCUGCAGGUGAAGGUGGAGGAGCUCACUGAGGAGAGGAGUCUGCAGAGCUCUGCAGCCACCAGCACGUCCCUCCUGUCUGAAAUAGAGCAGAGCAUGGAGGCCGAGGAGCUGGAGCAGGAGAGAGAGCAGCUGAGACUGCAGCUCUGGGAAGCCUACUGCCAGGUUCGCUAUCUCUGCUCACACCUUCGAGGAAAUGACAGCGCUGACUCGGCCGUCUCCACGGACUCCUCAAUGGACGAGUCUUCAGAAACGUCGUCUGCCAAGGAUGUACCAGCAGGCAGCUUGCGCACUGCUCUCAGCGAGCUCAAGAGACUGAUACAGAGCAUUGUGGAUGGCAUGGAGCCCACGAGCUCCCGGAGAAUUGAUGAUGACUCCUUAGAAGAACAGAUAAGGCAGACCAGUGAGGAUUCAAGAGCCCUAAGGGAACUCAUGGAGGGAGAGAGGGGUAAACUGAGGCAAAGCCUAGAAGAGCUGCAGCGGCUCCACAGUCAGGUGACACUGCUGAGUGUGGAGAUGACUGCUUUGAAGGAGGAGAGAGACCGACUCAGAAUGACAUCUGAGGACAAGGAACCAAAGGAGCAGCUUCAGAAGGCCAUCAGGGACCGGGAUGAGGCCAUCGCAAAGAAGAACGCUGUGGAGCUGGAACUCGCCAAGUGCAAGAUGGACAUGAUGUCUCUGAACAGCCAGCUACUGGAUGCCAUUCAGCAGAAACUGAACCUCUCGCAGCAGCUUGAGGCUUGGCAGGAUGACAUGCACAGGGUCAUUGACCGACAGCUGAUGGACACGCACCUGAAGGAACAGAGCCGGCCUGCUGCUGCCCUCUCCAGGGCCCACGGCUCAGGGCGUGGCGAUGAGCCCAGCACCGCUGAAGGCAAACGGCUCUUCUCAUUCUUCAGGAAAAUUUAAACUGGGAGGA